AUGCAGGAUACUUCUCUAGAUGCUCCCCUAUUACCCUCCGCCCUCGAAUCCCUUAUUGGAACAAAACACACUUUCGAGAUAAAGAGCCACACAUACUACCGGUAUGGAGAAUAUGAAAGUUUCAAUUGUGCGAAGAUUGUCGGCCCUGUUUUGGAUGAUACAGAUGGAAACUCUAAGUGUGUGGCGUCGGAUUUGGGUUCCCUGUCAUCUGACUCCCCAAAGCGUGGUUCGAGCCUCCCGCCUCCGACACCCGGAUCUGGACGCAAGCUUAGAAAACUCUGCCUUGAUGAAUCAGACGACGAUGAUGAGGGGGUGUCCGUUGAUCCUACACAUGUUACAGGUGUGCUGGCUGUGAACCCCUUUCUGAUGCUCGAAGCCUCUUUCGCCUUUCAUGCGUAUUCACGUCGUUUGCUUAACGGGUUGGUUCAGUACGUUUGUGGGUUAAAACUGAUUGAACAGGCUGGAACAAACAGAGGUAAAAAAGCCAUGCAGAGCGAUGCAGCACAGAUGCAGCCUGCCUCAUGUUCACCAACAACAUAUUCUCCCUCCGUAUCUGCCCAAGACAAUAUUUCCUGCACUACACGGCAUUCUCAUCAAAACAUAGCGGGCCCAUCAGGCCUGCGCUCUUCUCGGCCUAAAAAAACAGAAGGUAUUCGUGUUCGUACCCCACGAAGGGCAGCGUUUGCAUCAACAGGUGCACAUGUUAAGUACCAGAACCUUGGUCGUCCAACCUUCACGUGCCAUAAUUGUGCGGCGAUCAUGUGGUAUGAAGAGAGGAAUAAAAAUGCAAAGUCGUCUGAUGGGACGACUUUCUCUUCGUGCUGUCAGGAUGGCAAGGUUUUGCUUGCUCGCCUUCUUGAUCCGCCUGAACCAUUAAAAUCAUUACUUGAUUAUAACGACCCGUCGACAGUUAGAUUCAGAGAACAGAUUAGAGUUUACAAUAGCAUGUUCUGUUUCACAUCGUUUGGGGGAAAGAUUGAUCAUGCUAUAAACAGUGGUCGAAGCCUAUACACCUUCCGAAUAAGUGGGCAGAACUACCAUCGAAUAGGGUCCAUGUUGCCAGUUGAAGGUGAGCAACCAAGAUAUGCUCAGCUGUAUUUCUACGACACGCAAAACGAAGUUAAAAACCGUAUAACUGCUUUGUUUGGCCAGACCCAUUGUCACGACACAUGUGACGAAGCAAUUGUUGCGUCCCUAAUCAGAAUGUUAGACACCCACAGUCCUUUGGCUAACGCCUUCCGCAUGGCACGUGACUGGUGCACUCAAAAUGAAAGAAACAAUUGUCAUCUACGCUUACUUGGCCAGAUAAUAAACAAUCCACAAUACAACCGCCCUAAUGUGUCUGAAGUUGCUGUUCUUAUCACAAACGACUUUGGGGACAACCCUGAACCACGUGAUGUUAUCGUUAGCCCAAAGCACGGCGCGCUUCAACGCAUAUCGGAAUUACAUCAACUUUACAUGCCUUUGCAAUAUCCGCUGUUGUUCCCGUACGGAGAGACCGGGUUCCACGAACGAAUACACUACCAUGACAACACAGGGCGCCGAGCCACUAAACGACAAUGUGUCACAAUGCGGGAAUACUACUGCUACAGAAUCCAUUAUCGCAAUACCGAAGGCACCACCCUGUUAAGAGGCGGUCGUCUAUUCCAACAAUACUUAGUUGACUCAUACGCAGCUAUCGAAGAACAAAGAUUGCGCUGGAUGAGGAAUAACCAAAACGAACUGCGUGUUGAACUCUAUCAUAAUGUUUGUGACGCUGUGACGCGUGGGGAUACAAAUGCCAAGGCGAUCGGCCAACGUAUAGUUUUACCGGCAACCUUUACGGGCAGUCCAAGAUAUAUGAUCCAAAAUUACCAAGACGCCAUGGCUCUGUGCCGCACUUUUGGGAACCCCGACCUAUUUGUAACAUUUACAGCUAACCCAAAAUGGCCUGAAAUCGAUGACAUGGUAUCUCUCAUACCUGGCCAAAAGUCUCAUGAUCGUGCAGAUGUUGUAUCACGCGUUUUUAAACUAAAGCUUACCUCCUUGAUUGAAGAUAUUAUGAAGAAACAAAUCUUUGGUAGCUGCGAAGCAGCUGUUUAUACAAUUGAGUUUCAGAAACGAGGCCUACCACACGCGCACCUUUUGUUGUGGCUUGAACAUUCUGCCGAGUCACGCACACCGGCUGGCAUAGAUGAUUUGAUUUCUGCAGAGAUCCCAUCGGAAAUGGACGAUCCAUCCGGCUAUAAGGCCGUAACAGAUUACAUGUUGCAUGGCCCAUGUGGAAACGAUGCGCGCAGUGCUCCAUGUACAGCAGAUGGAAAAUGCAUGAAACACUUUCCGAAACCAUUUUACCGAGAAACAACAAUUGACGAAGACGGUUACCCGGUUUAUCGUCGACGAGAUACGAAGAUCUUCUUUAAGAAGGGCAAAACGAAGCUUGAUAACCGGUUUGUCGUCCCAUACAACCGCUACCUCCUCUUAAAGUACGAAUCUCACAUCAAUGUCGAAUGGUGCAACCAAUCCCGAGCGAUAAAAUACCUGUUUAAAUACUUGAACAAGGGGCCAGACAGGGCUACAAUGGUUGUUCAGGAAAACAUUGGCAAUAAUGGUGAAAAGCGUACACAACAGAUUGUUAAGGUUGAUGAGAUUAAAAACUAUCUGGAUUGCCGGUACUUAUCACCAUGUGAAGCUGUGUGGAGGAUGCUUGCAUUUCCUAUACAUUACUCAUUCCCAUCCGUCAUGAAACUAACGUUCCAUACGCCUGACCAACAUCUGCUCACGUUACGUGAUUCAGACAGCUUACCGGCAUUGUUAAACCGGGACGGGAUACGAGACACGAUGUUCACCCAAUGGUUCGCGCUAAACAACAGAGAUGAAGCGGCAAGAAAGUUAACGUACGCCGAGAUACCGACAAGGUAUGUGUGGCAAGAGGAUAACAAGGUUUGGAAAACGCGGUUGGAACGGACAGCCAUUGGGCGGAUUGUGUAUUGCAAUCCAGCAGCUGGGCCAAAGUAUUAUCUAAGAAUGUUGUUGGGGAUUGUGAGAGGGCCUCGAAGUUUUGAAGAAAUAAAAACAGUCGACGGAGUCGUAUAUGCAACGUUCAAAGAAGCCUGCUAUGCGUAUGGCUUGCUUAAUGAUGACAAGGAGUGGAAUGACGCCCUGUCAGAGGCUAAAUUAUGGGCGUCCGGUUCCCAACUACGGGAAUUGUUUGUUACCAUGUUGUUGUUUUGCGAAGUGAAUCGUCCGGCGCAACUCUGGGAACAAAAUUGGGAGAUACUAUCUGAUGAUAUUUUGUACCAAAAACGUAGGCUUUUCAUGUUCCCAGGGUUACAUUUAUCUGACGACCAACUUAAAAACUACUGCCUGAUCGAACUAAAUGAACUAUUAGAGAAAAAUGGAAAAUCAUUGUCGGAUUUCACAGAUAUGCCUCAGCCAGAUACGUCGCUCCUCGAUAAGAUGGAUAAUCGUCUAAUUAGGGAAGAAUUGAGUUACAAUAAAAAAAAGAUAACAGACGAACACGAUCGCUUAUAUGCAUCACUGAACACGGAACAGACGGCCAUAUACGCCACAGUCAUUGAAUCUGUUACCACUCGAAAAGGCGGGUUCUAUUUCGUGUAUGGUCCGGGUGGGACAGGCAAGACGUUCCUGUACAAAGCCAUUCUGUCACGCUUAAGAUCUAUGGGCAUGAUUGCCCUUGCGGUUGCAUCUUCAGGUAUCGCGUCCCUUUUGUUACCCGGUGGUCGGACAGCUCAUAGCCGCUUCGCUAUCCCUUUAGAAUUGCUUCAAAAUAGCACGUGUGCCAUCAAACAAAAUACCCAUUUGGCACACCUAUUACAAGAGGUAAGGUUAAUCAUCUGGGACGAGGCACCAAUGAUGCAAAAAUAUGCUUUUGAAGCGCUUGAUAAAACACUUAGAGAUAUCUUGGGGUUUCCUGCCCACGCAAACAGGGAACGCAUUUUUGGUGGCAUGCCUGUUUUACUUGGUGGUGAUUUCAGACAAAUCCUGCCCGUCAUCCCAAAAGGAAAAAGAGAAGAUGUUGUUCAGGCAUGCAUAAAUAAAUCGUACCUGUGGAAAAGUUGUAAACUCUUCAGACUCCACCGCAGUAUGCGUGUCAACGAAUACACCUCAUCAGGUGUGCUAGACAUGGAUAGGCAACUUUUCAACAAAUGGUUAUUAGAAAUCGGCGAUGGAAUUAUUCCCUCAAAGAGCAAAGAAGGGGAGGAUGAGCCUACCUGGAUCGAGAUACCCACCAGGUUCAUCGUACCUGCUUCUGGUCUUCCUGUGGAAUCGAUUGUUAACGCUGUCUUCCCGUCGUUUACAGAAAGGCAGGUUGAUGACGCUUAUUUGUGUGAAAGAGCAAUACUAACCCCGCGCAAUAUAGAUGCUGACGAAAUCAAUGAUUACAUGUUUUCACAACUGAGGCGAAACACAAAGAUCUACAAGAGUUCUGAUGAGAUAUGUCGCGCGUCGACAGAUGUAUUAGAACAGGAACAACUCUAUCCGUCUGAAUUUCUAAACUCUUUGACAUUCCCAGGUAUGCCGCCACACGCUUUGCAUUUAAAAGAAGGCCUCCCUAUCAUGCUUUUAAGAAAUGUGAACCCCUCACAAGGAUUAUGUAAUGGCACCCGCCUUAUUAUAACAGACCUUGGUAAAUUUGUUAUCAAGGCUAGAAUACUUACUGGGUCUAAUCGUGGAGACACUGCAUUAAUACCGAGAAUAACCCUUUCAUCGGCGAAAUCAAAAUGGCCAUUUAUUAUGAAAAGACGCCAGUUCCCAGUAAAACCAUGCUAUGCAAUGACCAUUAAUAAAAGUCAAGGCCAAUCAUUAAAAGUCGUUGGUCUGUAUUUGCCUCGCCCUGUGUUUAGCCACGGCCAGCUAUAUGUCGCGCUUUCAAGGGUUACGACACCUGAAGGUUUAAAGAUUGUCAUCGUCGGAGACGACAACGGUAGCAUGAAAAACCAUACCAGGAACAUCGUUUAUAAAGAGACGUUUAACAAUUUGGCGCCAUCAGAUGAGACACAAUAA